AUGUGGAAGGGGAAGUUAGAUAUUGAAGCGGAAGAAGGAGUUCUUCCGUGGAAUCCUGCGGAAGAAAGGGGAGAAGGUUCUUCCGCGGGUUCCGGUGGAAGAAGGUUCCGCAGGUUCUUCCGUGGGAUCCAGCAGAAGAACUAUGUCUUCCACGGAUCCCGUGGAAGAACCUGCGGAACCAUCUUCCCCAGACAACAUUUCCUGGUUGUGGAAGAACCUAUCAUGGUUAGAACACGAGGUUUAGGUCGUGCGUUAGGAGCAGGUAGAGGUAGAGGCAUUAGUGAGGAUACGCAUGAGGCUGAUGUUCCUCUGCGCCGCAGACCUACUGCUUCAGCACGUAGGCAACGGGUUCGUCUGCGUGAGGACAUCACAGAGAGACCUGAGGAUGUGCCUCAGUUGCAUGAGGAUGUUCCUCAUGUGUCUGAUGCCACCCCAGAGAUUACAGGCACCACCGAUGCUGUUCAGACAGAGGGAGUGGCUACUGAUGGGAGCUUGGGGUCACCUGCUGCAGAUGAGGGAUUCCCCGGUGGACCACGUGACCCAUCGAUUUUGACCGAUUUUGCUGAGCAUGUCGCACACAGCAUCUGGAGUGGACAGGAACGACCCGAUCUGAAGUUGGUCUCCCAUGAUAGAAAAGUAGAUAAAAUUGGGAGACCAGCGCCUGAGAUCGAAGGGUUGAUUGCUGGCACCAGAUUGAGUCCACUGAUCAGGUGUUUUGUUAUCACCACUAAUCCUGGACUCAUAUCCGCCUUCGUCGAGAGGUGGCAUCGCGAGACUAGCACGUUCCACCUGCCAAUAGGCGAGUUGGCAAUCACGUUGGAUGACGUGGUGUCACUUCUACACCUUCCCAUCACUGGCGCGCUGCAUACGUUCAAGUCGCUUGUUACUUCAGACGCGAUUGGUCUACUGACGGAGCUUCUUGAGGUUAGUCAUGAGGAGGCUACAUUUGAGACCCGACAGGCUGGUGGGCCUCAUGUACGGUUGGGGUGGCUUCGGGACUUGUAUCAAAGCCAGUGCAGGGCUAGACGAUGGGUUGUAGCAGCCCGCACGUAUCUGCUCCACUUGGUGGGUUGUACUCUUUUCGCCAACAAGAGUUCAACCCAUGUACAUGUCGUGCACCUGGAGGCUUUCAGGGACCUGGACCAGGCAGGGUGA